GUGUGUGUGUUUAAAGAGCAGUGGGAGGUUUAUGGUUUGUGCUAGAUGACAUCAGCACUGUGCACUGCCCCCUACACUGUUUUCUUACUAAACAGCCCCUCAACACACUCACUCACUCACUCAAUCUGUGGUGGUGAUGGUGCAGUCCCGGACGUCGGGCAGAGGUGCAGGAGGUGGUGUGUGUGGCUGGCUGGUGGCGUUGCUGGCUCUGUGGUCCAUGGUGUCACUGGUGGUGAUUGUGGUGUGGGCCACGUGGACACCCCGGGCAGGGACAAGGCGGUGUGAGGGGCAGCGGCGCAACCUGCUGGAAAACAUGGAGGGCGCGAGAGUGGUGUGGGAGAGAGAGAGACAGACAGCCGAGAGAGAGAGACAGAUCAGCACCGACAUACAGACAGGACUGCAACGAGAGAUACACAACAUCACACACACCAUCACACACAUUAACCAGAUGCUCACACACCACCUGCACACACAGGCUGUGAUGAGGGAGAAUCUCACAGCUCUACAGAACAAGGUGCAGCAGUACAAACGUGCAGUGGACAAACUCACCACUGAACACACACACUGCACAGUGAUAAUGGAGGAGUUUCAGGUGAACUUAACUCAUGAACAGCAUCAGCUGGACUCGUGUUCGUCUCUCUGUGACGCUGCAAGGAGUCGAUACGCCGCCGCUCAGAGUCAGAGAAAAGCCUGUGAAAUACACACCAAAUACCUGCACACACAACUUCAGAAGUGUGAGCUCAGACCCUGAGGCUCAGCUGAUUUCCGUAUAGCAGAAGAAACCCAAUGAGACCCUCUGCGUCGCACACUUCCCCUCUGCACUACUCGGUGACACCCUCUGCGUCGCUCACUUCCCCUGUGCACUACUCGGUGACACCCUCUGCGUCGCUCACUUCCCCUGUGCACUACCUGGUGUUUUCUCUUCACUACAUUACUGUUGGACUGUUGAAACCUUAUUGUUUACACUGUACAGUGAUUGUGAACUUUUUGAUAUUUAAGACGUAAUAUUUUUAGUCUUGUUGUGAGAAAUGUAUUCAACACAAAUAUUCUGCACAGCUGUAAAGAUUUAUCCUUGAGGUGUAUAAACUUAAUAUCAUCCAAAAUGAUGUGAACAUCAUCGACUCUUCACAAACACAUCUGUAUUAUUAGAGAAGUCACUAGAGCUCACGUAUGUUUUAUGUCUGUUAGCUUCACAUUUAUUCCUGGCUCACUGAGAUUUUUUUUUUUAUAAAUAAAACACUUUUUGCACAA